AUGCUCGCUUCUACCCAACGAGAUCCACGAGACGUGUUGAACGAAAAAGCUGAUCACAUUUUGAACGGUUUCAAGUUGAACUGGAUGAAUUUGCGAGAUGCCGAGAGUGGGAGAGUUCUGUGGCAGAGCACUGAAGACAUGGCAGAUCCUCAUCGUGAGCAUGAAGCUCACGUCCCCAAAAGCAUACUGAAAUGUCGUACUGUAUCACGAGAAAUCAAUUUUACGUCUAGCGAGAAAAUUGAUAAAUUUCGCCUAGAGCAACGAGUUUUUCUGAAGGAGAACAUCAUAGAAGCUGUUGAAGUUCGUUCUCGGUUAGUAUCAACAAUCUAUGUUCCAGAAUGGUUUUUCGAAUUCGGCUUUGUUAUCCCUGACUCAACGAACACCUGGCAAACACUGAUCGAGGCUGCACCUGAAUCACAAAUGCUUCCUGCAUCACUACUCAGUGGUAAUGUGGUCGUGGAGACAUUAUUCUACGACGAUGAUCUUCUCGUGAGUACGUCAAAAGUUCGGCUCUUCUACGAAUAG